AUGGAGACCAUGGAGAUGCAAGAGCAGCUGGCGGGCUCGGACAGUCCUGGUCCUCAGGAUUACGUGAAGAACAUUCGUUGCAUCUUCACGUCACUUUUUUUUGGAGUCGCGCUGACUGCGGUAACGCUCGGCCCCCUCUUUGAUGCCUACUUGCUCAACAUUGGUGGAGUGAAUGGUAAUAAACUGGUCGGAGCCGUGGAAUCCACGCGUGGUAUCCUGCAGCUGGUGCUGGCAUAUCCGAUUGGAGCAAUGUCCGACAAGAUGUCAAGGAUUCGGCUCCUGAAAUGGGACUUGCCAUUCUGGACACUCGGCCUUGGAGUUUUGAUUUUGGGCAUCAUCCUUGACAGCCUGCCCUUGCUGUUCAUCGGAAUUGCGGUGUGGGCCCCGUGCUCCCAGUGCUGGAACAGUACUUCUCAGGUCGUCGUGGCUGAUUCAGCGCAUGCAGGAGAACGGACAAAGGUGGUCUCCCGUAUGACCUCCCUCCGCCUCGUGGCAGUCGCGUUUGGACCACUUCUGCAAGCGCUGCUGCUGGUUGCGUCGGGUCAGAAUCAUUGGGGGAGCGCCCUUCUGCGUUCCGUCAUCCUCUCCGGAUCCGUGCUUUGGCCUGGCGUGUUAAUAUGGACGCUGCGACUGCGCGACCUGCCGCCGCUGGAGAAGGCCAGAGGCACUGGCCGACAGAACGAGCAUUCCACUUUUGAUUCGAAUGACCUAGAUCAACGACGUCUUGGCAUCCCGAUCAGGUGGUGGCUUGCUGGAACGCUUGAAUUCAUGUCUUUCGUCACGGCGAUAGGUGCUGGCAUGACGGUAAAAUUCUUCCCACUGUUCUUCCGGGUGGAUUAUCACUUUACACCCUUGGAGGUAUGCAUCUUGAGCUGUAUAUACCCUUUGUGCAUCUCAGUCAUGGUGGAGAUCUGCCGGCGGUUGUCCAAACGGCUCGGCCGGCUUUCGGCUGUUCUGCUCUUCCAUUUUCUUGGCACUGCAUGCCUCUGGGCAAUGUGCUACAUCCGCUCCAUUGUUUUGGUCUUGCCGCUCUACUUGCUCAGGGGGGCGCUAAUGAACUCUAGAGGUCCGAUUGUUCGUGCAAUGGUCAUGGACUUGGUGACCUCUGAUCUCCGAGGAAGGUGGAAUUCCAUUCAAUCCCUCUCCGGGUUCACAUGGUCUGGCAGCGCUGCUCUAGGCAGGAAUGUAUGCCAGUGA